AUGAUUUCACAAUCCUUACACUAUGAGAAAAUUUCAAGACAACAUAAAGCAUAUCUUGUAACCAUCACUUCAGAUGACGGACCUAAGUCAUAUAGUCAAGCAGCAAAACAUGAAAUAUGGAAAGAAGCUAUGGCUCAAGAAAUUAAGGCUUUAGAAGUUAAUGAGACUUGGGAAAUAACCAUCUUAUCCGAAGGAAGAAAAGUGAUAGGAUGCAAAUGGGUCUACAUGAUCAAACGUAAAGCUAUAGGAGAAAUUGAAAAAUACAAAGCUCGUCUAGUAGAAAAGGGAUUAACUCAAGUAAAGGGUGAAUAUUUUAAUGAAACUUUUGCGCCUGUUGCUAAAAUGACAAUUGCUAGAUGCUCACUUACUAUUGCAGUAGCUAAAGGAUGA